UGUGUUGUAUCUUAGAAAACAUUUCCCAAUCGAAUGUCCGUUAUCCAAGAUGGCGGCCACAUCUUGUUUAGCGGAUUGAGGAAUUAACAAAUUCUUGAAUUCUGUACGUAAUUUGCUCCUGUAUAUCAAGUUUUUGUUGUAGACACUAAAACAUGAUUUAUUAACAAAUGUGUACAACAAACACCCUCCUGGGAGUCGUACUUUUUUCAUAAACAGCUUUAGUUUUUGGAGUGAUCCGCGACUGCCGUAACAACUGUAUUGGGUGUUAUGAAAAAAAGCCAACAACAUCAUUCAAAUAUAAUUCAGUUAUUUAAUGAAUAAACUUAAAAUAACAUCAAUAAUUGAGAUUACUUUAAAAUGCGCCCCCCUUUUAGAUCUUCGGGAAGUCUUACCCCCAUGGCCAACAGCAAACAGACCUCUAUCCUUCCGGGAAGAAUCCAUGUUGUCGUCUGCGUCUGACAGCUGCAUCAUUCGGAUGACAGCUGUAUGUUAUUGUCUAUGUUAUAAAUACGCUUGACAUCGAAGCGAAUUUAAGCGUUUAGAUGACCCCACAAAAGAAAUAAUCUAGAGGAGUUCCGAAUGUAAAGAGUUAUCGUUCCUGAUUCUCGGAUACUAGCUACAACGUCCUUAAAUAAAAGUUACACAUUGAUUAAUUAAUUAAUUUUAUUUGUAUUGCUUCUUGUUCUGAUUAUAGGUAGGAGAUGAUAAUAGCAACUUUAGUUGUGAUAUAAAACAAAGUAACUUAUUAAAACUUUUUUUUAUUUCUUUUUUUUUUUCUGAUGAAAUUGAAAUCCUGAUUUUUGUGACAGUUAUACGAUUCUUUAUUAGCAUUGUCCAAUUAAAGAUGGCGACCUUACAAACACUAGUAAUGGCAGCUACGAUUAAGAAAGGCAUUAAUUGCUUUCAUCAUAGAUGCAACCAACACAACUGGAAGGGCUGGCAAUUUGGUGAAUGAUGGCAUUUUAAAGAGACACUUUAACUGCAAGAUGAAAAAGAUUGUUUUAAAUGGAGAAGUACAUUUGGCUCUAUUUGCAACAAGGCAAAUUUCCCCUGGCGACAAAUUAUUAUAUGAUUAUGGGGAAGAUAGUUUGUGGUGGAGAAAGUCUUGUGAGAAUGAUGUCAACUUGGAGACUUCUGAUUCUGAUGUGCCAACCAAAACUGAAAGCAUGGACAGAAUGCCAUCUGAUACAUGUAAUGAUUCUGAUGUAUCAACAGUGUAUGAUGAGUUGGAAACACAAGGAAACGAUAUUGAUGGUUGCAGAAGAUUGCCUGAUGCAGAUUUACCAGCAAAUUCCAGUGACAAAACCAAAGAUUCUGAUUCUGACGUGCAAAGCAAAACUGAAAGCAUGGACAGAAUGCCGUCUGAUACAUGUAAUGAUUCUGAUGUAUCAACAGUGUAUGAUGAGUUGGAAACACAAGGAAACGAUAUUGAUGGUUGCAGAAGAUUGCCUGAUGCAGAUUUACCAGCAAAUUCCAGUGACAAAACCAAAGAUUCUGACUCUGACGUGCAAAGCAAAACUGAAAGCAUGGACAGAAUGCCGUCUGAUACAUGUAAUAAUUCUGAUGUAUCAACAGUGUAUGAUGAGUUGGAAACACAAGGAAACGACACUGAUGUCACACCGGUUUCCCAUGGAAUGAAUGGACAGAGAGUUUAUGACAAAAGGCAAGCUUGUUACUAUUGUGGACAGCUAUUUGCUUAAAUUUCUGAACACUU